UAUAACUCGUCAUCGGGAUAGACUAAAAAUACCUAAUAGUAAACGAUUAUCGUUAACUAGACAAGUGUUCUACAUAUUUAAAUAUUAAUUCAUUUAUUUGUAUACUUUUGCAGAAAUAUAAGGAAUUCAUACAUAUUCAUAUAGCUUAGAAUUUUGUGUUUUUAUAAAAAAAAGUGUGUUAAUACAAGGAAAGUUGUUCAAAUAAUUGAACUUGAAGACAUUAUUUUACGAAAUUAACAAUGGUUUGGAACAUUUGCAAUUGUUGCAAGAGGCGCAAAGUCAACUGGAAUUAACAAACGUGAAUAAGAAAUGACGGAACAUGCUCUUGGUGAACAGCUGGAGUGUCCGGUAUGUCUAGACAGAUACGAGACACCUAAAGUACUGCCUUGUCAACACACUUUUUGCUUGCAAUGUCUCGGGCGCGUGGUAGAAAACAGGAAUGUGGUGCGAUGUCCGGAAUGUCGGGUCGAGCACAUAGUUCCUGCAACCGGCAUAUCUGGAUUCCCUACAAAUAUUACAAUACAGCGACUACUUGCAGCUGAUGCUCUCUCAAAUGUACCAACACCGAUAAGGAAUGGAACUGUAAACGAUACGGGAGGAACGGGCCAUUUGGGCCCAAUGCACCGAGGAGACGAUCUCGAAUUACAGUUGGCUUUGGAAAUAUCAGCACGAGAAGCAGAAGAAGAACGGAGAAGACGUGCAAACCAACGAAAUGUAGAGAACGAUACAAGAAGGCGGCUAGAAAACCAAGGAAACGAGAGCGGAUGUCUUGUUUUUACUGAUGCUCUCUCAAAUGUACCAACUGCACCGAUAAGUGACGGAACUGUAAACGAUACGGGAGGAACGGGCCAUUUGGACCCAAUGCACCGAGGAGACGAUCUCGAAUUACAGUUGGCCUUGCAAAUAUCAGCACGAGAAGCAGAAGAAGAACGGAGAAGACGUGCAAACCAACGAAAUGUAGAGAACGAUACAAGAAGGCGGCUAGAAAACCAAGGAAACGAGAGCGAAUGUCUUGUUUUUAAAAAGACCAGAACAUACAUACGUUGUGUUGUGCGAGACAUUUUGAAUAACCACAAAACAUUGUUGAUGGUUUUUAUAGUUACUUUUGCAGUUGUCACAUUUAGCAGAUUUGUGGCAGGAGCCGCUAAGUUAUCCUCUGACUGUUAUCUGGAAAGACGAGCUGCUGUCUAUUUGUUUGUAAAAGCUUGCUUUGCAGUCUUUUUCUGGGGAGCUUUAGGAUUAUGGAAAUUCAAACAAAUGUUAGGAGAGGCAUUGGACAAUCCUUUCGUGGAAGUUUAUUUUGUUAUAGAGUCGCUUUUCUCACUUUGCUGGCUAUUUGUUGGAACAGCCUGGAUUUGGGGAAAUUUUAACAACAUAAAUCGUCAGUGUCCAGAGUACGUUUACACCUGGAAUGGAAAUUUUAUUAAUUUUGCACUGUUCUUAACAGUUGUUGAUUAUAUCGGUUUAGUGAUGUUCUUGUUUUAUUGUGGUUACACAAUAUGUGAAAGAGAAGGGCAAUCUACAGUAACUAAUAUUUCAAUAUAAUGUUCAUGUAGAUUUAGGAAGAAAUAUGUUUACGUAAAUGGAAUUGAAUAGUAAUAAUGAUAAUUAUGUGCAGUUGAAACUUGUAUCUCGAACAAGCUUCUUUCAAAAUUUCGGCUAUCAUGAAGACAGUUUCAAGUUUCGUCCAAAAAAAAAACGUGCAUAAAACAAACAACAUUUUAUGUCGAAUAUCGGUUAUUUCAAAGUGAAACGCUCUAACGAUUGAAAUUUGAGAUAGUUUCAACUGUAAAUAUAUUAAGUUAUAAUCUAUUUGUGCAACGAGUAGAUAAAUUGAAAAAAAGAUAUAGCAAUACAGACAUUUGUUUACUUGAAUUAAUGAUAAACCGCCGAACAGAAUAAUUAUCAUACUAGGAUUUCUGAAAAAAAGACAGAUAUAAAUUUGCAGUAUAGAUAAAAGCGAUUCUAAGAGUUCUUGAAAACACCAGAUGGCUGCGUCACUCAUGCAAAUAUUGCAUCUUUUGUUCACUUAGUGAAAUAUAUGCCGCCCUAUACUGCGACAAACAUAUAUAUCGUUUUCAAAAUAUUCUUUGUAACCCGAGUCAAGUUGGCAACAUGCAACUGUGCUAUUUCAUACAGCAAAAUGAAUUUUUGAAUUGUAUUUAGCUUAACUCCUUCAAACAGUCGGAUUGCUAAUUGUGUAGCGGUCGUUAAUGAAUAUGUUAUUACCUUAUAAUCGAACUCUCAAAGUUUUAAUGAUCUGUUUUAUCUCCUAGCUGAUAGUGACAGUGACAAAAGCCAUAUCACUUAAUAGAAAAAAUGACACAAAAUGAUGUUAACCAAUAAUGUUAAUUCAGAAAUAAUAAAAGUUUAGUGAAAAUGUUACAUAUCAUAUGUGAAAGUAUCGAAUUAAUAAACGCACUUAGUUACAACACUGAUAUGUUUUUAUUGUUUCUCUUUUCUUUGCAUCUCUAAAUAGCAUUUUCUUAAUGAAUCAUGUUUUUAUCAAAGAUCUUUCAAGUUAAUAGAAAAUUGGAAAUAAUGGCACUUUUUUUAAUAAUGUAGUCGAGAUGAAAUGUUAUAUAGCACAUACUAUUUCGUUUGUUUGAAUUUGGUUUUAAACAGUUUGUUUGGGCUUUCUAUAGUUUCGAGUUUUUCGAUAUUUCGACUGUUGCUAUCGAGGUUUCGACUGUCGUGAAUAAAAACGGAACACAGUAAUUCACUGAUAUGGAUAUUAACUUUAAAUUUAGGAAUUAUAUUGAUUUUGUAGUAUUUUAAAGAAAGACAGAAACAUGUUAAUCUUAUUCAGUAGACACUUGAGAUAAACUAUUAUUUUUCAUCUAAAACAGCGUAAGAGAUGAAAAAAACACCUACUUUCAGCCUUUUGACACGACUUGAGUUUUAUUGCUUUAUUUUGAAUCAUUGUUAUGAAAUUACUUUUGAUUUAUUUUUAGUUAAUGUUUUUACAUAUCGGUUUUACAACAGCACAGUCAAAUGGACUGCUGUAUGUCUGGAAUAUGUUUAAUCUAAUAAAAUUGGUAA